AUGCAUUCCGUCAAGAAGGCGGCGCGGAAAAGCGCAUGGUACGCGGGUGAAGAUGAUGGGGUGAAGACGUACAAUCCCUUUGGGCGCACAAGCAACAAGCCCAGGAGAAAGCGGGAUGAGGAAGCAGGAGGGCUAUACCACGCCAACACCGAGAACGAUGCAGUGCCAUCACCAGUCGCGGAGCAGAGAAGACAGCAGUUUCAGGGCGACAACGACGAGAAGAUCAAUGGCGUGGCCAAGGCAGGCACAUUCCCAGCCGGACCAUCUGGUGGACUACCGCGACGAUCGAACGAGAGAUAUACGGAGCCAAUUGAGACUUCACGAUCAAGUGAGGGAAACACUUCGAAGAAUGUUUCGUCAGAGGAUAGCGGUCCAGUAGAGAAGUCAGUUGGGCCAGGAGACGGCGAAGGCAAGCCGCGCAAGCGCAAGAUGCGCAAGUUCAUGCCGUGGAAGAAGAACGAUGAACCAGAAGAAGAGCUUGACAGGGCAGAGACUGAAGACUCGAAGAAGAAGAAUUGGCCAAAGCCGACUAUCAUGGGUCAAGUUCGCGCGGUCUUCUUGUCCUGGAUUAACAUCCUGCUCAUUGCUGUGCCUGUUGGCAUUGCGCUCAACUAUGCUGGUGUCAAUAAGAUUGCGGUCUUCGUCGUCAACUUCAUCGCCAUCAUUCCACUGGCAGCCAUGCUGUCCUUCGCCACCGAAGAGCUCGCUCUAUACGUCGGUGAAGUCCUCGGUGGGCUUCUCAACGCCACCUUCGGCAACGCGGUGGAGCUUAUUGUCAGCAUCAUUGCCCUCAUCCAACACAAGAUCCUCAUCGUCCAGACAUCUCUGAUCGGCAGCAUGCUGUCCAACUUGCUGCUGGUUCUCGGAAUGUGCUUCUUCCUAGGCGGCAUCAACCGCAAGGAGCAGUUUUUCAACGUCACAGUCGCCCAAACCGCAGCAUCCCUGCUCGCGCUCGCGAUCGGAAGUCUGAUCAUUCCCACCGCGUCCAGGAUCUUUGCGAGCGUCGACACCGGUAUUGCGCCAACCUCGCGCGGGACUUCCGUUCUACUUCUCGUCACCUACGGCUGUUAUCUCCUGUUCCAGCUGCGCACUCAUACCGACAUGUACAACGAGCCCAGCCAGAAGGCGCCGAAGCUGUCAUCUGGAAAGAAGUCCAAAGGCGAUGCUUCGAAAGGUAUUGCCGCCAUCGGCGCCGGUACAGGUGCUGCGGUUGGCGCAAGUGAUGCCACGCGUGGGGAUAUGUUUGCAGACGAUGAGGAAGAAGGCGAGGUGCCCCAGCUUACCCGUCUUGGCGCUUUGGUCACGCUAGCUGGCAGCACUGUGCUCGUUGCUCUGUGCGCGGAGUUCAUGGUUUCUGCUAUCGAUGCCGUCGCCGAAGACGUCCCGGAAGAGUUCAUCGGCCUCAUCCUUCUGCCCAUCGUCGGCAACGCCGCCGAGCACGCCACUGCCGUCACCGUUGCCAUCAAAGACAAGAUGGACCUCUCCAUCGGAGUUGCCUGCGGCUCCAGCCUUCAGAUCGCCUUGCUCGUUCUCCCAUUCAUGGUCCUCCUCAAUUGGUUCGGUGUCGGUGCUCUUUCGCCGGGCGACCCUCAAUGGAUCAGCGCCGAGGCGAGUGUCAUGACUCUGGCUUUCGAUGGCUUCCAGGUUUCCGUGCUGUUCAUCAGUGUGGUGAUUGUGAACUAUCUGAUACAGGACGGCAAGAGUCACUGGCUCGAAGGGGUGCUGCUGAUGAUAACUUACAUGAUCAUCGCCCUCGCCGCAUGGUUCUACAAGGCCGAUGGCGAAGUUGCUGGAUAA